AUGCGGCCCGCUCCGACGCUUCGGCCGUCGAGGGUCUCGCGUAUCUGGCUCCCGCAUCGCCUCGCCGGCUUCCACCGAUGCAUUUCACAUCAAGCAACCCGCUCUAUCGCCGAGUUGCUUCAAUGGCAGCCCAAGGAGAAGGCCGAUGAUGUGACCAUCAACGGCUUCGUCCGGUCCGUCCGGUCUAUGAAGGCACACCAAUUCAUCGCCCUCGGCGACGGUUCGUCUCUGGCCCCUCUACAGGCUCUCGUGCAGCCCGACCACGGCUCAGACCUUGCCGUUGGCGCGGCCGUCCGCCUCACCGGUUCCUGGGUUCCCUCUCCGGGAACGUCCCAGAGCCAUGAGCUGCACGUUGACAAGGUCGAGGUCUUGGGCCCGUCUGACGCAAAGACGUUUCCCAUCCAAAAGAAAUAUCAAACCCCUGAGUAUCUCCGUACCAUGCCACAUUUGCGGCCGAGAACUCCGACCAACGCCGUUCUGUUGAGACUGCGCUCCGAGGCCAUUGCAUCCUUGACUCAAUUUUUUGCAGGACGAUCCUUCACCCAGACGCAUCCUCCCAUCCUCACCUCGGCGGAUUGCGAGGGUGCCGGGGAGGUCUUCACUGUGACGCCCGCCAGUGAUACGCUGGACUCGGCCAACGCCCAGGGCAGUGGUCUGCACCAGGAACCUUUUUUCCGUUCAAAAAAGUACCUCACCGUUUCGACCCAGCUUCAUUUGGAAGCGCUUGCGCAAUCCGUUGGUAAUGUCUGGACCCUCUCGCCCGUCUUCCGGGCCGAGAAGAGCGAUACCUCGAGGCAUUUGAGCGAGUUCUACAUGCUCGAAGCCGAAAUGAGCUUUGUAGAAGAUCUCGGGCCCGUGAUGGAUCUGCUCGAAGACAUGCUGCGGUCUUUAAGCACCAACAUGAUUGAGUCGGCGACGGUCCAGGACCUUCUCUUUCGGUCACGCCACAGCGGUUCGCAUUUGGCCCCGGCCGAAGACGUAAGGCACCGUUGGGACGGUUUGAUGCUCAAGGACUGGCCGCGAAUCACGUACACGGACGCGGUGGCACUGUUGCAGAAGAAGUCCGAUCUUUUCGAGCACAAGCCAACGUGGGGUGCGGGCUUGCAAUCGGAGCACGAGAGGUAUCUUGCCGAACACCUCGGAAACGGUGAGAAGCCGGUCUUCGUCACCCACUAUCCCCGAGACAUCAAGGCCUUUUACAUGCUCGAGACCCAGUCCCCGCUCUCUGGAAUACCCGGCCCAACCGUCGACUGCUUCGACCUGCUGGUGCCAGAGUUCUGCGAAAUCGCCGGCGGGUCGAUGCGCGAGCACCGUCUCGACCCUCUUUUGAAUGUCAUGAAACAGAAGGGGAUUCUCAAGCCAUCAUCUGAUGGGCCAGACGCUGAGAGCUCCUCUGGGGGCCUGGACUGGUAUGUCGACCUUCGCCGGUGGGGCUGCCCACCGCAUGGUGGCUUUGGCAUAGGCUUCGACCGGCUGCUCAGUUAUUUGUCUGGUGUCCAAACCAUCCGAGACAUCGUCUCAUUCCCACGCUGGUAUGGACGCUGUGACUGUUGA